AUGGCAUCCCAGGGAGCUACCUUGCAGAACUACAACAACGAGCUCGUGAAGUCCAUCGAAGACCUUCGUGAGAAGAGGGAGGAACUGAAUCGCCAGAUCCUCAAGGAAGAAGAAGACAAGGCAAAAAUUCAGAAGGAACUCUCCAUCCUCACCGAUCGUCUUCAGAAGGUGAAUGAGAGCUUGGUCCGUAAGACGCAAGCUCGCAACGAGUACGACAAGACCAUCCAAGAGACUGAGGCUGCCUACAUGAAGAUCCUGGAGUCCUCCCAGACCCUGCUUCACGUGCUCAAGCGCGAGACGGUGAACCUCACCAAGAAGAAGCAAGGAGUGUGGCACACCCCACCCAGCGUCGGGAUGAGCCGAUACGUGACCUUCCACGAGCACGUCACCACGCCCCCGCCCAAGGUCAGUGUGACCCUGACCGAUGGCCGCGUCCUUGUGGGCGUCCUCAUGGCCGUCGAUAGGCACGUGAACAUCGUGCUGUGUAACACCGAGGAGUGGGCUACACACGGCGACACGGAGUAUCGCAAGUACAAAGUCAAGGGCAAGCCAGAAGGAAAGGAAUUGAAGAGGAUGUUGGGCUUCAUCGUGGUCCGGGGCACGGGGAUUUUAUACAUUCAACCGGAGGAGCUCGGCAAGGAGGAGCGCUGGUCCAUCCGGCUGGAUGCGACCGGCGCUACCAUGAACCCUGCAGCGGCGCUGCUCGCUGGCAUGCGCGCGCCCUUGGUGAAUCCCUUAUUGGCAGCAGGUCUUCGCCCGGGUGGCCUUCCUGGGUUGCCCAGCAUGCCAGGCGCGGGAAAACAGAAAACACCGAGCGACCUCACCGGUUUUCCAGGCGAAGAAGAGCAGGUAGCCAAAAGCCUGCUCUUGGAGGUGGCAGCAGGUGUCCGUGGACGGAAUUAUAUAUUUGCAAUUCUUUCCGUGAACUUUGUGCAAUUUUAA